CGCCGAGCCUUCCUUUCGCUCUUCCCGCCCUCCCCCCGCCCCUCUCUGUCUUCUGUGCUCUGGGAGCAGCUCUCCUGCCACAGCCCCUCAUCCCCUGAAAAUGUAUACCUGUGCAAAGUUCGUCUCCUCCCCCUUCUUGGUCAGGAGCACCUCUCAGCUGUUGAGCCGAUCACUGUCUGCAGUGGCACUAAAACCACCAGAGACACUGACAGAUGAGAGCCUCAGCAGCUGGGCAGCCCCACGUCCCCUGACCUCACUUAUUCCUAGCCGUGGUUUCCAAACCAGUGCUGCUUCAAGGGACAUCGACACAGCAGCCAAGUUCAUUGGGGCUGGGGCUGCCACAGUUGGGGUGGCUGGUUCUGGGGCUGGAAUUGGGACUGUGUUUGGGAGCCUCAUCAUUGGUUAUGCCAGGAACCCCUCUCUGAAGCAGCAGCUCUUCUCCUACGCCAUUCUGGGCUUUGCCCUCUCGGAGGCCAUGGGGCUAUUUUGCCUGAUGGUGGCCUUUCUCAUCCUCUUCGCCAUGUGAAGGAGCCGUGUCCACCUCCCAUAGGUCUUUUUCCCGUGUCACGUCUGCCCUGUAUGUUCCUUUUCCUAUACCUCCCCAGGCAGCCUGGGGAAAGUGGUUGGCUCAGGGUUUGACAGAGGGAAGACAAAUAAAUACUGUAUUAAUAAGA